AUGGAAGAAUUAACUCCACAAUCUCAACUCCGAAGGUCAAACAGAACACGAAGGCCAAAUCCAAAAUAUGCAAAUGCAGCCAUAGUUGAAGAAGCAACAGAGCCUGAGACAUUUGAAGAAGCGUCGCAAAGUCCUGAGUGGGUGAUAGCUAUGAAAGAAGAGAUUGAUGCACUGCAGCAAAAUCAAACUUGGGAUCUCUUACCAAAACCAAGAGAUGUGAAGCCCAUUUCUUGCAAGUGGGUUUUCAAAAUAAAGCGUCGUCUAGAUGGGUCAAUCGAGAGGUACAAGGCACGAUUGGUACCUCGUGGUUUCUCUCAACAGUAUGGACUAGACUAUGAUGAAACAUUUAGUCCAGUGGCAAAACUUAGAACUGUACGAAUCCUUCUUGCACUUGCAGCCAACAAAGACGGGAAUCUAUGA